AUGUGUGGAGCCAACAGCUCCAGCCUGACCCCUAAAUUCUUUGUCUUGAAUGGUGUUCCCGGGCUGGAAAAUGCACACAUCUGGAUCUCCCUGCCAUUCUGCUUCAUGUACGUUCUUGCUGUCCUGGGAAACUGUGGGCUCAUCUACCUCAUCGGCCAUGAGGAGGCCCUGCAUCGGCCCAUGUACUACUUCCUGGCCCUGCUUUCUUUCACAGAUGUCACCUUGUGUACAACCACUGUCACCAAUAUGCUGUGCAUAUUCUGGUUCAACCUCAAGGAGAUUGAUUUUAAUGCCUGUUUGGCCCAGAUGUUUUUUGUCCACACGCUGACCGCGACGGAGUCUGGGGUGCUCAUGCUCAUGGCCCUGGACCGUUAUGUGGCCAUCUGCUACCCUUUACGUUACUCCACCAUCUUCACCAAUGCUGUCAUUGCGAAGGCUGGUCUUGCCACCUUUCUAAGGAGUGUGACAUUUAUCAUCCCAUUCACGUUUCUCACCAAGCGUCUGCCCUAUUGCCAUGGCAACUUCAUUCCCCACACAUACUGUGACCACAUGUCUGUUGCCAAGGUGUCCUGUGGCAAUUUCAAGAUCAAUGCUAUUUAUGGUCUGAUGGUUGCUCUCCUUAUUUGUGUGUUUGACAUAUGCUGUAUUUCCGUGUCUUACACUAUGAUCUUGCGAGCUGUCGUGAGCCUGUCAUCCGCAGAUGCUCGUCAUAAAGCCUUCAGCACCUGUACAUCUCAUAUCUGUGCCAUUGUGAUCACCUAUGUCCCAGCUCUUUUCACUUUUUUCACCCAUCGUUUUGGAGGACACCAUAUCCCACAACACAUACACAUCAUUGUGGCCAACCUUUACUUGCUAUUGCCCCCUACGAUGAACCCAAUUGUUUAUGGAGUCAAAACCAAACAGAUUCGGGAAGGUGUAAUCAAAUUUUUACUUGGCGACAAGGUUGUCCUAAAUCAAGACAAAUAA